AAAGACACGAAGGUGUGGGCCACAGCACUUGUAGUGGCCUACUUGCGAGUCCACCUGUCGUCGAGGAAGGAGGAGUGGGAGAUGGUGGUGCAGAAGGCGGUGGAAUGGUUGGAGGGGAGUGGAGUCAACGCGGAGGCGGUCAUUGAGAAGGCGAGAGUGGCGUUGGAGAAACUUUUGCCGAGAGCAUGA